ACCGCCGACUGUAGAAGCUUCGGUGAAUGGAUGAGCGAGUUCAAAUAUUCUGCGAUCCCCUGAGUCCAGUCGGGCGUCGAUAAUACCGUAAACAUGGACUCGGGACCUGGGCCACCCCAGCAAUCGCCCGAUGACUAUCCUGCACGAGAGAGAAGAGAGAGGACGGUUGUCGCAGUGGGCAUAUCGAUUGGCGUGCUGGUACUUUUUGCUGGGCCUUUGUGUCUUCUAUACUAUGCGAAUUGGAGGCGAAAGAGGAGGGCCAAACAGAACGAGUUGCGCGAUCUGGAAGGCACGACUGCGGUAUCCCACGAUGAGAAGUAUGGCACUAAUCCCUUCGCGCGUACCGGCGCAUCAACCCUUACGACAACACUGGCACCAGCAGAAGAGCUCACUGAAGCCGAAAUCGCACGAUGGAGGGAGCUGCAAGGUGGUCGCACGGAGACCGAACUGGAAAGACUAAAGCAGGACCCGACAUCUCCUUUGAACACGCUACCGAAAACCCCUACGCAACCCACGCCAGAAGAGGUGCUUGGGCUGGACAAGGUCUCAUAUCUGCAAAGCUUGCCGGUCGCAAGCAGCUCAUCUUCAGCACCGGGUGGAACUCCGCAAAUCACAGUGCUUCCGUCACGGCUUCCCCCCGGUAUAUUUCAUCCUGAAGGCGAAUCAAGUCGGCAAGGGGAGGAGUAUUCUGACCCUGGCAAUUGCAUCAGUCCGUGGGCGGUCGAGCAUCAACCAAAUCCAGUAAUUUUCAAGCAUCUGCUUGGGUCGAGAGGUGAGAAGCUUGGCCAUGGUGAAGUUGCGGCCCAGGAAGAGGGAGCAACCCGCCAGAACGAGCCUUCUCCUGGGCUCCCAAUGAAUUUCGAAGUAGCACCACUAUCCUGGGACCAAGAGCUGCAGCAUUAUGCUCAGCACGACACCUUGACAAAGGAAGAAGAGCGAUCACCGGAAAGCAGUGCCUUGGAGGAGACGUCCGGCUCAUCACCUUCAUCGAGCACUAGCUCUCAGGACUCGUCGCACCCACUUUUGUCUGAAGGUUCUACCAAGGACAACUCACAAUCCCCAACCUCGUUCAGACUUCCAGAUCUACAUCAGCCAAGGCUGAUAACUUCGGGAAGCGGUCAGAAAGCUAUACAAGCAGCAGGAAAAUUAUCAUGCACCCAUUGUGACCGCACGUUCGCGACUACCGGACAGCUGAAGUGAGUCGUCUUUGUUCACUCCGGCCAUUAAAUUCCGUGCGUUCUUCUGCAUCAGUGCUGACAUCGAAUUCAGCGCUCAUAUUCACCGCAAACACGUCCGACGAUACUCAUGCGCGCUCUGCUCGAGCAACUUCCACCUAAAA